UGAAUAAAAUAAUUUAAUGGAACUAAAAUUCUUUGAAAUUUUGUAAAGACACUUGUUGCAAAUUAUGUUGGCUGCAAAAGCAUCGAUGCUUGGCAUGUUACAGAUACAAAUAUCGAUAAUUCGAUAGAUAGCAGAGAUGUUUCUGCAGCUCUAGCGAAUAUACCGAUAAAGGCAGCCGCUUCUGCGCCGUAGGAUACUUUUUUACCUACUCUCCAAAGCCAUAAUGGACAGAUUAAAGAAACCUCUACCUGUAUCCUAGGAACAUGUUAUAAACUCACAGGAAAAUUGUAAUUCCCGGAAGAUAAGUUUCCGGCAAACACAGUAUCAUUAAACUGCGAAAAUCUCAUUUGAAAUCAUGACGCUGAACGAGAGCGACGCUCACAAGCAACUUGAAUUAACGCGCAACUUUCUAGAGUUGUCACGGAAUGCGGACACCUGUGCCGCCUUACGCAGCUCCGACUGCAUCCAACUACUAGUGAAAAUACUGCAUGCCAAUGACGACGCAGCCGCUACUGGAGGUGGGGCAGCGGCACGGAAGAACGCUAGCCAAGCACUGCACAACAUUGUGCAUGACAAUCCGCGGGAGGUGAAGGUGUUGCGCCUGUUGGAUCAAAUACACGACUACAGUUGCAAUUUUCUGCGCACGCAGCUGCAGAGUGGCGGCGAAUCCAUUGCCGACGAUGAGGAACGUCAUCCGUUGGCCGCCAUGAAGCUGUUGAUGAAGGCCAGCUUCGAUGAAGAGCAUCGCCAAACUAUGUGUGAGCUGGGCGCCCUUAAGGCCAUACCCAACCUGGUGCAUCUCGACCAUGCAGUCCAUGGACCGGCAACAGGACGUGAGCAAUGUAAUUUACUGCGUCGCUAUGCGCUGAUGACACUGACAAAUCUCACGUGUGGUGAGGAGAACAACAAGUCGCUGUUGUGUGGGCAAAAACAGUUUAUGGAAGCACUAGUCGCUCAACUGGACUCAAACGCCACGGACCUGGAUGAUCUGCUGCAAGCCACCGCCAGCGUUUUGCGCAAUCUUUCGUGGCGUGCGGACAAACAUCUGAAGACCAUCUUCAAUGAACUGGGUACGGUGACAUCGUUGGCCCUGGCUGCCAUGCAGAACAAGAGCGAAAAUACACUGAAGGCCAUACUGUCGGCGUUGUGGAAUCUAUCUGCGCACUGCAGCACCAACAAGGCGGAGUUUUGUGCCGUCGACGGUGCUUUGGCGUUUCUGGUGCAGAUGCUUAGCUACGAGGGACCCAGCAAAACACUUAAGAUUGUCGAGAAUGCUGGUGGCAUAUUACGUAAUGUGUCGAGUCACAUUGCGGUGUGUGAAUCGUAUCGACAGAUCUUGCGACAACACAAUUGUUUGGCCAUUCUGCUGCAGCAACUCAAGUCCAAUAAUCAGACGGUUGUCAGCAAUUCCUGCGGUACACUCUGGAAUCUGUCGGCCCGCUGUCCCGUGGAUCAGCAAUUCCUCAUCGAGCACAAUGCCAUACCACUACUGCGAGCGCUGAUCGCAUCCAAGAACACAAUGAUAGCUGAGGGCAGCGCUUCUGCCUUGAAGAACUUGAUCAAUUAUCGCGCAGCCUUGGAAUUGUCGUCACUGAACGAGUUGCCAGCCAAGAAUGGUCAUGCAGACACGCUGCCACGUCGCUACAGUUCCAUGCGCCUGAGCAGCAACCCGACAGGCUCGCUCAAGAAGGUGCGUGCCUCUAACGGAGGCAGCAACAACAGCAAUGGCAGCAACACUUUGCCACGUAAAUGUGAAAGCCGUGAAUCAAUUUAUUCCGGUAAAUCGGACUCCACUAAGUCGGACAGUGCCUUCGAGCAUCGCAAACUAAGCAAAACGAAUGCAUACGAACCGCCAGCUGAAGAGCAACCCAUUGACUAUUCUAUGAAGUAUAGCUACAGCGAGCAUAAGACUUCAAAGCCCAGCUUUGAGAACUCCAUCGAUCUGGAUCAGCCAACGGAUUUCAGUGUGCGCUACAAGGAAAGACGUUCAGCUCAAGCAGUGCCACAGCCACCAGCAACAGCAACUGAGACGCGCGACAGCAAUGAAAUUCUGCUCAUCUUGGAUGAAACAGGUAGCACAGCAUCAACAGCGGCGCAACCCUUGGCCAAAUCAGCAUCUGUUUGCGAUUUGAGCAGUGAUCAAGUGCAGCGACCCAAAACGCUCAAUUUGCGCUCCACAGCUCUUGAGAAUUUGGCCACAGAGAAGUCCAGCGACUGCAUAGACACUCCCGAGCCUGAGCCGGGCGAGCGACCCAUCAACUAUUGCGAAGAGGGUACACCAGGCUGCUUCAGUCGUUUUGAUUCGCUCAGUAGCUUAACAGAAGUCGGCACAGUCAAGCAGGAGAAGCAAACGACGGUGCCAAAGACACCCGAGGCACUGACGCCAACAGCGGAGCCUAUUCCGACAACUAGCGACAACAGCAAUGCCAACAACAGCAACAACAAUAAUAACAAUACCAACUGUGCCAAUCAAGUCAUUUACUCAGCCAUGCAAACGCCACUCAUGUUCUCCAGACGCAGUUCCAUGGAUUCUCUGGUGAAUGAUGAGACUAUCGCCUGUGAUGAUAAUGCCUCUGUAAUUAGCGAUUACAGUCGCAUGCAAAGCGGCGUCAUUUCACCCUCCGAGCUGCCAGAUUCACCCACACAGAGCAUGCCUCAGUCGCCGCAUCGCGAUCGCAAGCUCAAUUCCCAACAGCAACAACAAGAGAUGCCUCUAAGGAAUGAUCACAAUGGCAAUGAUGAUGCGCGCAAUUAUUGUACCGAAGAUACGCCAGCGUUGCUCUCAAAGGCAGGCAGCAAUAGUAAUCUGUCGGUGCUAUCGAUAGCAUCCACGGCAAAUGAUUACAAUGCCAAUGACCAAAUGCCGCGACCGCUGCCGCAGGGACUUGAUCCAGCAUUGCAAGUAAACGAGGAUCCCAUUACCAAGAUGCGUUGCGGUGGUUUGCCCAACUAUCUACCUGUGACGGAUGAAAUGAACAAGUAUUAUGUCGAGGACAGUCCCUGCAAUUUCUCUGUCAUCUCGGAACUAUCGAAUUUGACGGUUGGGUCGGCACAAGUGGGUCCCAUGCGCUUGCCCAUGAAGCCGCCGCAGCUGCUACCACGCAAUGCGGAAUCUGCGCCUAAGUUGCCUCCAAGACGUAGUGCCAUUCAAGUAGAGAACGAACCGCGUUUGCCAAAGCGCAGUGAUUCACUUAGCUCAUUAUCAAUGGACUCCGAUGAUGACUGCAAUCUGCUGAGUCAGGCGAUUGCUGCGGGAAGCUGCAGACCGCAACCAAGUGGCGCCAGCACUAGCUCAAGUCAAACCGCAAAAACGCUGCCCAAGCCGGCAAAUGGCCAUAGACGACAGACGAUCGAUGGUGGCGCUAAGACUGAUUACAGCUCCGAUGAUUCCCUUGACGACGGUCAGUCGAAAUCAUUGUUUGAGCAGUGCAUCUUAAGUGGCAUGCACAAGUCCAACGAUACGCUAGAGAGCGGUGAACGAUCGAAUGAACCGUCUAACGAUCGUUUUGUCAGCAAUCAGGUGCGUCAAAUCGAAUCCAUGUUAGCCACAGUUCGCCUACCGGCUGCACGCUCAUCCUCAGCCAGUCGCCAGCAACAGCGACAGCAUCACCAUUGGGUUUAAACUAAAUUAAGAACGAACCAUUUUGACAA